CACACAUAACACUGCGUGCGGUCUCAUCUCCUCUACUUAGAGCAACUACCCCGAUCGACCCUCCGCGUCUCCACCUCUCCAACACCACACCACACUACACCACAACCCCACCACCACCACCUCUACUGCUGCAAACAACCACAGCUACAGUAACAGCAACCGACAGCACCGCUUUUUCGCUACAACACACUUGCUUCUACGACACGACACGAUCACACAUCUUUUCGCGAGAGCUGCAACUAAGCUACCAACCAUGACGAUGAAGCGGGAGUCUCCGACGCCGCCCUCGGCGAGCGCGGAGCCGCCACGCAAGAAACCACUCACGAUCGAUCCGUCGGGCCGUCCGCGGUUCAGGGGAUGCGAGACGAUCAAGGCGUACGAGAUGCUCGGCAAGCUCGGCGAGGGAACGUUUGGCGAGGUCCACAAGGCGCGACACAGACAGAACGGAAAGCUCGUGGCAUUGAAGAAGAUCCUGAUGCAUAACUCGAAGGACGAGGGGUUUCCGAUUACGGCACUCCGGGAAAUCAAGAUCUUGAAGAUGUUGGAACAUCGGAAUAUCAUUCGCCUCAUUGAGAUGGCGGUCGAGCGGAAGAAACGGACGGUUUCACCUAGAGGUACCAUGUACAUGAUCACUCCGUACAUGGAACAUGAUCUGGCGGGGUUGUUGGAGAACAAAGAUGUCGUGUUUAGCGACGGCUUGAUUAAGUGCUACUUACUUCAGCUACUCGAUGGUACAAAGUAUCUUCACGAUAGUCACAUUUUGCACCGAGACAUGAAGGCCGCGAAUCUUCUGAUCGAUAACCGUGGAGUUCUUCGUAUCGCUGAUUUUGGACUUGCCCGGAUAUUCGACGAAGCAGUGCCUGUUGCGGGUGGGGGAGGUGGACAGGCUCAGCGCGAUUACACCAACUGCGUUGUCACUCGUUGGUACAGGCCACCGGAGCUUUUAUUGGGAGAGAAGCGAUAUACGUCUGCCAUUGAUCUCUGGGGUGUCGGAUGCGUCUUUGCCGAAAUGUACAAGAGGAAGCCGAUUCUUCAGGGAAACAGCGACAUGGACCAGAUGCACAAAAUCUUUAGUCUCUGUGGUCCGCCUACUGCGAGAUCCAUGCCCGGCGCCGAACGGUUACCAGGAUUCGAGAUGAUCAAGCAUGUCACCUACCAGCGGACCCUCGAAGGACAGCACAGCAGAAUGGGAAGCUCCGGUGUCGCUCUAUUGUCGGAACUACUGAAAUUGGACCCGGCCAAGCGAAUCAAUGCGAUUGACGCCCUGAAGCACGAGUACUUUAGGGUAGAUCCUCAGCCCCUCAAGCCUGGAGAAGUGCCGAAGUUCAACGACAGUCACGAAUUGGACGGCAAGAAGAAUCGGAACAGAGGCCCGCCCCCUGCACCAGCUGGCGGUAGUGUCGGCGUUGGUCAAAACGGUGGACCCGAGUGGGCAGGCAGAGCUGGAGAGGUUGGGCCAUGGAGCAGUGGCGGGACUGGUGGCGGAGGUAGCAGGAGGCCAAAUGACUGGGGCAACGGAAGCGGUGCGAGCCGACUACCUCCACCACCACAUGGACGACCCCCUCACGACAGAUUGCCUCCACGCGACGACCGCGGAUUGCCUCCUCACGAUAGCAGUCGCAUGCCUCCCAUCCAUCGCGAUCGAGGAAACGGCACAGACCAUAGACCCCCGUGGGCAAAGACAGCCAACCCACCUGACCACCCCCACCCUCGCGAGGCCAGUCUACCGCACCGAGAUGCGGGCUUGCCACUACCACCCCCACCUCCACGCUCUUUGACUGGAGCACCGGACAGAGAUCGCGAUCGUCGAGGACGCAAUCGUGGCGGUGGAGGAGGUGGCGGAGGCCCUGACCGGGACACUUACAUCCCUUCUUACGGAGCGGAUGAUGACCGGAGGGGCGGUGGUGGUGGUCGUGGCUGGGAGAGGGAGCGGGGAGCGAGCCGCGACAGGGAUAGGGGAGAUAGAGACCGGGGAGACAGGGACAGGGGGGACAGGGCCGAUUGGCGUGAUCGCGGGCUUCCGGAACGCGGGGAGAGGAUGGAGCGCGGAUAUGGCGGAGGAGGCGGUGGAGGCGGCCCCCACCCCCACCCUCAUCCCCACAGAAGCCAGAGCCGUGACCGCGAGCUCUCCACCCAUAAUCUUUACCGGCGGUAGGACGCUGGUUGGAAACGUGGGUGGAGGGCGGAUGGGGGGGCUGCGUACGAGCGUCGUCGACGGGGUGAGUGAGGGAAGAACCCUUACCAGGAGUCUCCGGGGGGAGGGGGCGGGGGGGUCCUUCAGAUCACCUAAUACUAUUGUUUUUUAAAUGGCAGAAAACUUGCUCGUUUUUUUUCAUUAUAGGGAUUGA